AUGGAAGUCAAAGAUAUAUUGGAAAGUUUUGGACUUUCCAUAUUGUCGGAAGCAUUCGAAUCGCAUGAUAUCGACUUGGAAACAUUCAAAAAACUGAACCAGUAUCCUGAACUCAUCAAAGAAAUUAUACCAAGUGUGGGAAAAAGAAUAAGAUUUAGUGAGAGAUACAACAAUUACAUGAAAGAGAGUAUUAGUACUGUGACAAACUCAUCAUUAUCUGUGGCCGAUCCUGAUUUAUCAUCUAUAUCUGAUGUACCGAGUGAUGUACAAGGAGAAGAAAUAGAUUUCCCUCCAGAGAAGAAAGCGCGAUUAGAAGUUGCUGGUGACAUCAACAUCGAUGAUAACACUUUGGUAAACAUCGAUAUAGAUGAAAAUGGAUUCCUUCACUUAGGUACCUCUUCGGAUAAUAUAUUUCCAGAUAGCUUAGAAAGUUACCUUCGGUCGCAUACAGAAGGAAAUUUGCUUCUACUAAGCAGAAAUGAAGUUUUAACACCCCUAAAGAGAAAGAAGUUGAUCAGAAUUGUCAUGGAUCACUUAUUGCAAAAAUUCAAAGAGAAAAUUCCCCAGACUGUGUUCAACAAAGUCUCACAAGAAAUAUGUAAUGUCUUCAAAAUGGAGUCAAAGGAUAUUUAUUUUCGACCCUACCAGAAAGGUAUAAAAAAAUGCAGUGGAAUGUUAUGGUCGCGCUAUAUUAAUACUAGAAAAAACUUAGGAAUACUAAGGAAGGUGAAAACAAAGACCCAAACAGCAUCAGCACGACACGACACUAACGAAGCCCCAGAACCAGAAAAAUUAUUCGCAUUAGAAUAUUGCAAACAUAAUGUGGGCCCUACCGAAGAAGUUACUUUCAAUUGGGGAAUAUGCUUCCAUGAAAGGAAAGAUAUUCUUAAAACUAACUCAAACAUUGUCGAGUAUUUCAAUACCUUUCCCAUGUUGAAACAUCCUCUUAAUGGAUACAACUUUCUCAUGGACGACUUUAACAAAUGUUUUCCAGGCAAAAGUGAAAAUUUGUAUAAAAACUGGCCACAUUUUCGAUCGGCAGUCGUCAGUAUGAUGGAGGAAGAAAAGAUGAAGCAAAAAUUUGAAGAUAUAGAUUUAGAUGUAAUUUUCAAUUUUGCCCUCCUUUUCUCACCAACUACCCUUCGGGAGAAGAAAAGCUAUCGUCCCAGUAAAUUGGAGGUUCAAAACUCAUUUAUUUUAUAUGUACCAAAUGCUGCAGAUAUAGCAAUUCAAAUUGAGUCGCGGAAGAAUCACAGCAGGGAAAAGAACUUUACUCUGCAACCGUUCAUGCUAGUUUCUGGUUUAGAUGGAGCAUUUUCUUAUUUUUGUAUCAUAAAUGACAUCCUAUACGAAACAGAGAGUGCAGUGAAAACCUUAGAUAUAACUUACAAGGUGCCUGCACGACAGAAGCAGCACAUCUCCCGCCAACUCCGCACGUCCGGCAACACCGCGCAGGACUCCCGAGUGCAGGAUGCGUGGUAUCCUAUCGAUCCGAUUGGCGCUGGCGCCUUGGCCGCACUCCCGAUCCGAAAGACGUCGAGUACGAGAACUCUAGGAGUAGCUGACAGCAGGCCGCGGAGUUGCAAGGCUAGUGACGUGUCGCGUCGCACCGGCAAAGUGGUGUGGUGUACCUAUCAGACGAUUUUUGUGAAGGGGACACCGAAAAAGGCACCGGGUCGGUGUGAAACGGUCCUUGGCUUGUUACCUCGCUACAGUGUCCUGCUGAUGUCAUAA